CUCCCUCAGCGGCAGUGUUUCCCUCAGCGCUGGGGCAGCCUCAUUCUCUCCUCCAGGAUGUCGGGCCCUCUGACCGGUGCAGUCUUUCUGCUGCUCUCCAUCGCCUUCCUCCUUCCAUCACGGCCGCUGGAAGCCAAGUCGUUGUCUGGAUCACGAGGGACAGGUGCGGUUCUGCGUCUCCGUCGGGAGCUCCGCGACUCCCUGCCCUACGAGGCCCAGAUGAUGUCAUACCCACCGGCAGCCAUGGAGGGGAGGGGCAAUGAGCUCUUCUACCAACCAGAAGGGCGGAGGGGGCAGGGCUUGGGACAGGCCCUACAGCGAUUGGUGGAGGAUGACCGGAGGCGGGACCAGGAGGCGGCCUAUCUGACCGGUUUGCUCCGCCUCCUCAGCGAGGCUGACGGCAGCACCCAGAGGGCAGCAAAGGGGGAGGAGGAAGAGGAGGAGGAAGAGGAGGGCCCCGGGGACUUCCAGGGGCCCUAUCCACCCGACUACGACGAGACGGAUCAGGGCAUCAGCAUGGCCAAGCCCCAGGCUGUGUGGCAGGGCCUGCUGGACCCUCAGCUUACUCAGGCCCUGCUGAACCGCUACAGGCAGGAGAGGCUGCUGCAGGCCGGACUGAACAGCAACAGGCUGCAGGAGAGCGGGGGGGACCCAGCGGCCGAGGAGAGGGAAGAGGAGGUUCUGAGGUACCUUGUUGGACGCAUACUGUCCAGCCUAGCGUCCGACACCCCCCAGAGCUCCCCCGGCCGCCUGGCGAAACGUGACCUGGGGGCCGUGAGCGGUGGGAUGGGGGGGGGCCGGAAGAGAUCCCGCCGCUCGGCGGACUCCGCCCCGCUCCCCUCCCAAAAUUACGAGCCCUCGCUGCUCAGGGUGAAGAGACUCGGAGACGAGGAAGAGAAGAUGGCGGACGGGCCGGCGGCGGCGGGGGUCCGUGGGGAGGCCCACGUCGGCCUGCAGAGAAUGAAACGCAUCGACAGCGACCUGCAGCAGCAGAAGCACAAGCGCAGGAGGCGGGCCCUGACCUACGACCCCAACCUGCUGGCCCAGCGCAUCUUACAGUACCUGCCCCAAUAGAGGAAGGUGGGGAGGCGGGGCGGAGAAAGGCGUGGCCACACCAAACGCACAUGCAUUCACGCUGUACAUGGACACCCACUCGAAAACAAUACUUACUAGCUUGCAAGGAGGUAGUCAAAGCUGUCUGCUCCUGAGAAAAUUUGCCUCUGAGCACUGGAGAAAAAAAAUAUCCCCCUAUGCCACCCAGCCUAGGCUGAAAAAUCAGUUACUGCUUCGGUGUAAUUUUAAAAAUGACUGUAACAGGUGGAGCAAAUUUUGACAGGGGGAGCAGACCCACAGCUUUGAAAAUGCUCCCUUGAGAUCAUUUUAGCUUUUGAGUCAGUCAGUGUGCUUGUCAAAUUCACUUCUGUUCUUAUUCGAUCGGCAACAGAGUCAUAGAUCUUGGAAAAGCAUAGCUUUAUUUAAAAAAGAACACCAAACAAACACAUUUUGGAACACUUUGUUUCCUUUCCUCUGCCUCGUACCAUUCUGGAGCUGAGAGGAGACGAGAGAGAGAGAACACUGCUGAGAGGUCUCUUCAUGUCUGACAUGGCUGCCUGUGGCAUCACCUGAGGUUAGCGCAGGCAGAAUCCGAUCUCUGCCAGAGAGGAACUUUACAACCCUGACAGAAAACACAUCAAACUAGCCUUACCAAAAUAAUGAUCAUUUGAUAUAAAUGAACAUGAUUUUAUCUUUUUUAUUAUUAUAAUUUAUCACGAUUUUACGUGUUGCUCCAGAAUGCUAUGAAAGUGCAAAUUCUUUUUGCACAUAGAAAAAAGAAAUGUGAAACUGGUGUGAUUAUGAGUCUCUGAAGAGUCUUGACUAUUCUCAGCUGCAGAAAUUGGACCACCUUGUGUAUAGUGAGGCCUUUGUGUGAAGCCAUACUCAGAUUUUGGCCCAAUAUUAAUAUUUCUAAAUAUUACUCUAAAUCUAAACAUGCACUGGCUGCCGCCUGAGGGGAAAACAUAUGGAACGUUUGGCAUUUUUGCUGGCUACUGUUUUAAGACUUCUUAAUAGGCACUGAAAUGGUGGUGCAGAAUUCAUACUCAGCACAUCUAACACAACCACCUUUUAACUGCGCAAGGAACAUAGCACACUUGCACAGAUCUCUAACAUCACUCCCUCACUCUCUCACUCUCUCACUCCCCUGCACCCUUGAGGCAAACAGCGAAUGUCCGACCAGCGUGUGGCGAUAACGUCGUUCACGCUACUCCUUGGUACCCUGGCUGUGCAGAGGCUGUCGUGGGUGUAGGAGCAGGUGGUGUUAAACACAUUGCAGGCCUGAAAGAGCUCCGCACCCGUGGUGUGCUGUUCUGCUCCAUUUAUUCUCAGUGCCCCCAAGCCUGUUUGGUCUUUCCUUCCUGCAGUCUGUACAGAUCCUGUUCCAGUUAUAAAAUGCAAACUGCACUAUGGCAUUAUGGGAAGAGUGUGUGUACCCCUUUGGUUUGUCCACCAGUAUUAUAUUACCACAUCGCAUUAGAUUUACAUUAUGUCAUUUAUCAGACACUCUUAUCCAGAACGACUUUCAGUUGUGUCCAUUUAUACAGCUGGAUGUUUACUGAGGCAGUUUUGGGUUUAAUAGAAGACCAUGUCUGAAUGGCUCUGCAGAAGCCUGUACUGAGAUAGCCAUGGCGAAAAAAGCUUCACCUCACAAAUGAUAAAACAAUCCAUGGUGCUGUUUUUACAGUUUAGACAUGAGUUGCCAGCUGUUUUUUCCUCACAUUGAAAAUGUGCAGAGUAUGUCCAUGGCCUUCCCUAUCCUUAUUAUUAAUGAACACCAGUGAGACUCAAAGGUAAACAUGGCAGCCCUCUGCACACAUGUAAACCAGCGCACCGAAUAGUCACAAGCAUCGCAAAAACAACAUAGCACUGUGUUCACAGAUAGACCAUUAAUAAGAAAUGCACAAAUAUCACUCUCAAAUUAAUGAAAGAUAGUCAUUAAAAUGUAUUAUGAUGGCGCAUUCACUUUUUUCACAGUAAUUUUGACAUAGCAGGCGGUUGUUGCAUGACACAGUUUACACCCUUGGUCAUACCUUCAGAGAGGCCCUCCUACCAAUCACACUCAGGCUGACAGCGACAAGCCAAUGAAAGAGUAUAUCACUUUAAUAUAUAGCGAUUGCACAGCAACGAAAGCACGUCCAAAGUGCUUUGUUUUGUGACUGACGACUCAAAGCCAGCAAGAUCUCCUUUAGAGCAGAGAGAACCAAUCCCAGACUCACAGGCUGCCAGCCUCUCAUGUACACACCCGGACCCAGUCCCAUGGAUAUACUGCAAAUGUACCCCAGCUUGCCAUCUCGUUCUUACUGACAGCAUUUUCCCUUCUGCUUUGCCAAUAGCUUGCAUAAGCGCCAAUGCAGAUCCUGUACCAGAUUCUUUGGCUUCCCUUGUCCUUCUUUUCCUUCUUUGACCCUCACUCCUCUAUCCUGUGACUUUGUGGAGAAAAAAAAAGUGGUUCCAAUUAUUGUGGCUUUUUCAAUAUCUUGUGCAGUCUGAGAUCUUGGACAAAAAAAGACAUACUCGCUCAGUGAAUUUUUUCCGCAGAUUGGAUCACAGUACGUUAUAAUAAAUUUCUAUGUGAAAA